CGGCCAGCUUUCCACCCAUUGGAAACCCCAAGCCCGGUAGCCAAACCGCCAUCUUUCUGCUGAAGAAAACUAGCAACUCUCUCAAGUGACCCUAAACUACUAGUCCCUGCAACUUGCGAGAGGCCACACAGUAGAGUAAUGGCAAGUGUGUGUGUGUGUGCUGCCGCCUUGGCAAGUUGCGAGGAGGGAGUGACCAUGACCGGCACCACCACCACCACCCCAGUUGUUUGUCCCGUCCCAGGUAUAUAACCGCCUCUGUCCUCCAGCUCUACCAGCUUCCAGAUCCCCUCCCCUCCUCGCUUGGCCGCCGCCGUCCGUCCGUCCUCCUCCUCUGUGGAGCAGCGAGCCCAGCCAAAGAACCUUGAGCCUUGUUGAGGCGUGGGGCAGGGCGUGUCUGUGUCCGGCGGCACACACAGAGAGAGGAGCAAGCAAAGCAAAGCAAGGAAGCAAAGCAGCAGCAAUGCCGUACACAGCUCCGAGGCCGUCGCCGCAGCAGCACAGCCGUGUGACCGGCGGCGGGGCGAAGGCGGCGAUAGUAGCGGCGUCGCACGGGGCGUCGUGCGCGGCGGUGCCGGCGGAGGUGGCGCGGCACCACGAGCACGCGGCGCGCGCGGGGCAGUGCUGCUCGGCGGUGGUGCAGGCGAUCGCGGCGCCCGUCGGGGCCGUCUGGUCCGUGGUGCGCCGCUUCGACCGCCCGCAGGCGUACAAGCACUUCAUCCGGAGCUGCCGCCUCGUGGACGACGGCGGCGGCGGCGCCGGAGCCGGAGCCGGAGCCACUGUGGCCGUGGGGUCGGUGCGCGAGGUGCGGGUCGUGUCGGGCCUCCCCGCCACCAGCAGCCGCGAGCGGCUGGAGAUCCUCGACGACGAGCGCCGCGUGCUCAGCUUCCGCGUCGUCGGCGGCGAGCACCGCCUCGCCAACUACCGGUCCGUCACCACCGUGCACGAGGCCGAGGCCGGCGCCGGCGGCACCGUCGUCGUGGAGUCGUACGUGGUGGACGUGCCCCCCGGCAACACCGCGGACGAGACGCGUGUGUUCGUCGACACCAUCGUGCGCUGCAACCUCCAGUCGCUGGCGCGCACCGCCGAGCGCCUCGCCCUGGCCCUCGCCUAGAGCGCCCUGCUGGGCGCUGCCGCCGGCCGCCACCUUGUUUCUUGACUUCGUCAUGAUGUUCUUUUGCCCUUACCGGGGAGAUCGAUCGGUCCAUGAACUCGUGGUUCUAGGAUGAUUUAGCUUGUGUUUCUAUGUUUUUUUUGCGACACAAAGUACAAACUAUUGUAUGGGUGUUGCCUGAUAUUAACCCUUAUUCACAUACAUGUACAACAACCCUUAAUUUAGAUGUCUAAUAGCUAAGCUCACUCUUGGCAUAGGGAAA